AUGGUGGUACGCAGAAGUUCUGAGGAAGGCUCUGACAAAAAAUCAGUUCAGGACAGUUCAUCCGAUACCAGCGAAGAAGAUCUAGACUGUUUAAUUGACAGUGUUUUAGGGAAUCUAUCUCUUUAUACACCUAAGGCUCAAGUAAUGACAAUCAAAAACCGGAAGGAGCGUUCUAAGCACGAACGUUCCGAAAGAUCCUCCGCAGUUGAAUCGAGUACCUCGCCACAAGACGAUGCGCAUCCUUUUGGGAUCAGGAGACAUCCCUCAGGAAGCCACGGCCAAGUGUCUUCUCGUUUUCGAAAUCGUCAAAAUCGGGGUCACCAAUCAUCUGCGGUUGUUAGACAGGGUCGAUUUACCUUUACUCAAUAUGCAACAACUGCAGAUAGUCGGCUUUCUUCUGCUUCUGUAAAUCGGCAUUGGUCUGGAGCCCACGAGUCCUCGAAGAAUAUUCCCGUUUGCUUGGUUGAGUGCUCUGAAGCUACUGAUUUGGGAACUGGUAAUAACAGUGAAGAUGAAUAUAGCCAGAUGUCUGAGAAUACUAGUCCGAAUUCUUCAAAGUUGGAAGAUAAUGGACUAGAGCAGCUAUUGAAGGAGAAGAAGGGUUGGAAAGUUGUUCGUGUUCAUGGUGAUGGGGCCUGUCUCUUCCGAAGCGUCUCACAUCAGGUGUUUGGUGAUGAAGAGAAGCAUGACAUAAUUCGGAAGCAGGUUGUUGAUUACAUGUGUAAGAAUCGGGAACACUUCUCUCAGUAUGUUACCGAAGAUUUCGAUCGUUAUCUUCAUCGGAAGCGCCAACCAAAUUGCUUCGGAAACCACCUGGAGAUACAGGCAAUAUCCGAACUCUACAAUCGACCUGUUGAAAUCUACUACAACAAUGUCGUUCCUAUUAAUGUUUUUCAUGCUGAAUACUCGCAUGAAGUUCCAAUUAGGCUGGGCUACUAUGGUCGAACGCAUUAUAACUCAAUUAUUGAUCCCUGCAAGCCAUCAUUUGGCCAUGGGUUGGGCAUGCCUAACUACCAACCUGGGCUGCCGGAAAAGGAUCUCGUCAAACAGGCAAUUCGGGAAUCCGAGACUAGUGAGUUGGAAGAAGCUAUGUUGAGGGAUAAAUUGGCGGAGUCGGAAACCAAACAACUGGAGGACUGCAUUGCUGAACAUGUUCUGCGUGAAUCUCUCUACGAACACAUGAAGGCACGCUUUGAUGAGCAGGCAGUUGAGCGCCAACGAAGGACUUCGUCACCUCAAUCCGUGUCUCCCAAGUCUCGAAAAUCAUCGCCACUGCACUGUCCGUCCCAACCAGCACCUUCGUCGACAUCCGCUUCUCAGUUGCCCUGUUCUUCCUCUUAUACCUCUGUUCUUCCCUCCUCCUCGACCUCAAUUAAGCCCUCUUCCUCCAAUACCGCAGUUGACGUUCCUGGUUCUGCUGUCACCACGGCUACUGCUGCUGUCGCCGCCACUGCUUCGGCUUCCGCCUCAUCGGACCCAGCUGCCAGUGACUUCGCAGUACUCCGAUACAUCCCUGCUAACAUGCUAGACAUGAGCGACGACGACGUGCUAGCGAUGGUCUUGGAACAAUCCCGCAGCGAGUACAUUGAGGGACUACGUGUGGCAUGCAGGGGCGAAGAUGACGAUUUGGAAGAGCGUGGACGUCCCACUGCACAGUCCUACUUCCGUCAGAAUUUGGAACCCUCUCAGCCAUUUAAUGCGUCAUCAAAAGAUGAUUCUGGCGAUGAUGGCGCCAUAAACUAG